AUGCAGCUUUACUCACUUUUACCAAUUGUGCUUAUGCUUUUCAGCUUGAUGGCUGUUUGCGAUGCAAAUUGUAUCUUUCCAAUAGGCGAAAAAGUGCCCGGUGAACAGUUGCUGCACAACAUAACGAUUACGAAAGGACCUUUGGCUGUUGAGCAAAUAAUUCAGCUGGAACUGGACUAUCGCGUUAGUCCGCUACGGAAUGAAGAAAUUACCUUCGUACAGCUAGAAGGAACCGGUCCAGGUUGUUCCGCUAGUAUAAGCAACAGUGUGAACCGUAUUAAACAGCUGCUCGGUACGGUGACCAGUGUAACGCAGCUGAAGGAGUUUACCGUCAAACUAUCGGUGUACGGUGUUCUAUACGAGUAA